AUGGCUUCUGUCAGUCAGACAAAGGCGAAUCAGUUUAUGCCUUGAAAUGAAAUCAAAUUAGGGAAAGGUAGCGGGAGAGUCGGACAUCGUCCUGUUUUGCUGGUUCAUGUCUGGCGACGGGGAUUAAAGGGACGGAAACACUGUCAGUUGAGUUUAAUAAAUGCUGUGGUGCACGGAGGCCCCGCUCGCGCACAAUCAGAAUGUCCCAUUAUACAGAUGAGCCUCGUUUUACCAUUGAGCAGAUCGACUUGCUGCAGCGGCUACGUCAGAGCGGCAUGACAAAGCAAGAGAUCUUGCAUGCCCUGGACACCCUCGACCGGCUAGACCGCGAGCAUGUGGAGAAGUUCGGCCACCGGCACGCCAAUAGCGGAAAUGGGGCAGCCGGCAUUAGUCACGGCAACGGCGUCAACGCCACCACCUCUUCCAACUACUGCACUACCUCCUCUAACAACCUCACAGCCUCUUCUUCGACGACCUCUACAGCCACGCAGACGGGUUACCGUGGCAACGGCCUCUCUCUAUCCCCUAGCAACAGCUAUGACACCUCCCCGCCCCCGACUGUCCCCACCCCCAUGCCGGUAGUAGCACCGAUGAUCCAAAAUGGACGGGACAGCCUCGCCGCUAUGCCCAACGGGAAGCUCUCCCCACCCCGCUUCGCUGUUAGCAACACCUCCACGCGGGCCUUCGCUUUCGAGCACCCAGAUGAGGAAGUGGACAUCGAUGAUAAAGUCGAGGAGCUCAUGAGAAUGGACAGUGCUAUAAUUAAAGAAGAGAUUAAAGCGUUCUUGGGGAACCGGCGAAUAUCACAGGCAGUAGUUGCCCAAGUUACAGGUAUCAGUCAGAGCCGGAUCUCUCAUUGGCUCCUCCAGCAGGGCUCAGACCUCAGCGGGCAGAAGAAAAGAGCCUUCUACCGCUGGUACCAACUAGAGAAAACUACACCUGGUGCAACACUAGCGAUGCGGCCCACCCCGAUGGCACUGGAGGACAUUGUGGAGUGGCGUCAAACCCCUCCUCCCAUUAGCAGCACCCAGGGCAGCUUCCGUCUGCGGCGUGGCAGCCGCUUCACCUGGAGGAAAGAGUGUCUGGCGGUGAUGGAGAGUUAUUUCAAUGACAACCAGUACCCCGAUGAAGCCAAACGAGAGGAAAUUGCCAACGCCUGCAAUGCAGUUAUUCAGAAACCAGGGAAGAAGCUUUCAGAUCUUGAGAGGGUCACGUCUCUGAAAGUUUACAACUGGUUUGCCAACAGACGGAAGGAAAUUAAGAGAAGAGCCAACAUAGGUAAUGUUGAAGCCCUCUGGGGACAGACAAAGCUCGAAUUUCAUGCAACAAUGCAUUUUGAAUAUGGACAAUAUAAUUAUUUCCAUUGCAUUGUUAUCGCCAUGCUGCAGCUGUCUCAUUCAAAAUGUGCAUUCCUCAGAAAUAUUGAAUUUACAGAAAAAUGCCUUUCAGGAAACUCAGAUGACAACCCUGGCCCAAACGAACACCAGGACCCCAUAGCUUUGGCAGUGGAGAUGGCCGCUGUCAAUCACAGCAUCCUGGCACUGGCGAGGCAGGGCGGAGCCAGCAGUGACAUCAAAACAGAGGUGCUGGACGACGAGUGAGAAUCUGCCCUUUGACGUGGAGCACGGAGGGAAGCCGAAUGUGGGGUUACGCAAUUAAGGCCAAACAGUUUGUGCGAAAACUAUGAUUAUGAGGAAUAUGGCCAGGUCGUGGAUGACCAAAGUGAAUGCGGAGGUUAUAAAGACUGUUAACCCAACAUUCCCCCCUUCCACCUCUCUCCUACGUAUGAUGCCUCAAUAGUCUUCAUUAAAACCGUUCUCCUACACGCAGCAGGUUGGGGAGGCACUGCGAUUAAACUGUUGAUGAAACAGGUUCACUAAAAACUUCAUGCGACAUAUCACCCUGCCAUCUCACACUUGGAUAGUGAAUUUCACCUCUGUUUUUCCUUCUUUCAGGAAGUCUUCUUUGCAGGAUAUAAGAGGUCAGUAUCAUACUAAAUGCUCACUGCCUCAGUCUCUCCAGGGAAAGUGUGUUGGGAAGCAUAUUCUCUCUCACUUCUUAACUUAUUUCUUUAUGUGUGUGCAGUCCAGCGUUGCUGAAAUUGCGUUUAAACAUGUACAGUUGUCACCAGGGUCUAAAGUUAACACUCGCCUACCACCAAAUGUGUACC